AUGGGAUCUCAAGUGCUUGUCCCAUUCAGAGGUUGUGAGGAUUCUCAUCGCCACCUGAAGAUUAUGGGUGACUUGGGUCAGAUUGUGCCGAUGAAAUACCAUCCAAGAGAUGUUGAUUCAAUUAAGGCUGUUAUGGCCAAGUCAAAUGUGGUUAUUAACCUCAUAGGACGAGAGUAUGAAACAAGGAACUACAGCUUUGAAGAAGUAAACCACCAUAUGGCUGAACAACUUGCAACAAUUGCUAAGGAGCAUGGUGGUAUCCUGAGAUUUAUCCAGGUUUCUUGCCUAGGGGCAUCACUGUCUUCUGAAUCUAGAAUGUUGAGGACAAAAGCUGCAGGAGAGCAAUCAAUCUUGAAAGAAUUCCCUGAGGCUACAAUCAUGAGGCCUUCUACCAUGAUUGGCACAGAAGAUCGAAUUUUGAACAGAUGGGCACAAUUUGCAAAGAAUUGGGGUUUCCUCCCGCUUGUUGGUGGUGGAUCUACAAAGAUUCAGCCUGUUUAUGUAAUUGAUGUUGCUGCUGCUAUUGUCAACUCCCUCAAGGAUGAUGGCACUAGCAUGGGAAAGAUAUAUGAACUUGGGGGCCCUGAGAUUUACACUGUCCAUGAGCUGGCUGAGCUGAUGUAUGAAACAAUCCGUGAAUGGCCGCGAUAUGUCAAUGUUCCUCUUCCUGUUGCAAGGGCUAUUGCUUCCCCAAGGGAAAUGUUGCUCAACAAAGUGCCGUUCCCCCUGCCAACCCCUUCCGUUUUCAACCUAGAUCAGAUCAAUGCAUUCUCUGUAGACAACCUCGUGUCUGAAGAUGCUCUCACCUUCGAAGACCUCAGCAUCAUGCCUCAGAGGCUGAAGGGGUACCCGGUGGAGUACCUCAUGUCAUACAGGAAGGGUGGGCCAACAUUCGGCUCGACCGUGAGCGAGAAGAUGAGGAGCUCCGAGAUGUAG